AUGGCGUGGGAGCGCCCCACUGAGGAGUCAGUGGAUGAAGACAAAGACUUUGAUGACAUCUUCCUGGACGACCUGCCCGUCCGGACCUGGUUCCCUGACAGUUGGCUCUGGAGGAAGAUUACUCUGCCAGAAAGUGGAUCAGGCAUCUUGCACAGCAGCAUUCUCGUGAACGUGCCCGACUCCAUCAGCACGUGGCAGUUGGUGGCCGUCAGCCUCAAGGCUGGACAAGGUCUCUGCGUCUCGGGUCCCUUUGAGUUGACAGUCAAGAAAGAGUUCUUUGUGGAUCUUAAGCUGCCCUCUUCUGUGAUCAGGAAUGAGCAAGUCCAGAUCCAAGCCAUUCUGUACAAUUUCAGGGCCCGCCAGGCCAAGGUCGGCAUGGAGUUCCCCUACAAGGAGCGACUCUGCAGCGCUUCAAGGCGGGAAGCCCCAUACCGCCAGGCAGGAGGGUGGACAGAGCUGCUCUCCCACAGCAUCCUCCUGAACCCCCAAGGUCAGACCCAGACAGAACUGGUGCUAAAAAAGGACGUUUUGAACCAGAUGCCCAAUACAGAGGCCGAAGUGUUUGUCAGUGUCCAAGGUUACACUCAGAUGCUGACCCACAGGCUUCAUGACGGCUCCUACCACUCCAGCCAGGGCAGCCGCGGAAGCACCUGGAAAGGAUGAGGACGCUGGCAGCUAACGAGCUAUGUCUUCCGGGUCUUCACCCUGGCCUACCACACCGCGACCGUGACCACGAUCAACAUGCACACUCUCUGUGCCGUUGCCAACUGGAUCAUCACCCGGAGGCAGGCAGAGGACGGGCGCUUCUUGGAGAAGGGCCCUGUGAUCAUGGCGUCCAUGCAGGGUGGCUACCAAAACUCUGAGGCGGACGUAUCCCUCACAGCUCUUGUCCUGAUCGCCCUGAAUGAAGGGAAGGAAUUGUGCAUCAAGGACAAUUUGAUUGCCAGCAUGAAGAAAGCCAGUGACUUCCUGGAACAACGCCUCCCCAGCAUUCAGACAACCUUUGCCAUAGCCAUAGUCUCCUAUGCUCUGGUCCCCACCAACAGCCCCAAAGCCAAUGACUGCCUGGACAUCUUUGCCAGCCAUGGUGGGUGUGGGGCCACUUCUUAAACAACUGUGUGUCUGCCACAGUCAUGGCGGUGGAGGGAGGGGGAUUGCGUGGUCUCAAACCCAGCAAUGAGUGCUUCGUCACUCAGCAUUUACUGA